GACGACAGAUGACAUUUGUUAACUUGACAAACAGCUGAGAUGGAAUGCGUCUGAUUUUUUAUAGUGUCGCAUCGUUUUAGCAUAUUAUUGCUUUCGCUAUCUUAUCAUUGCUUAUUAUUAUUAAGCAACAUUAUUUCGUUGCGCAACAUAAUUUAUUAUGUGAGGCAUGCGUAACCUAAUAAGAUCGAUUGUUACAUUUAGGAAGGUAUUGCCGCAAUAUAGAAGUAUUCAGUUAAAGCACCCAUUUACCACAGCAUUGGUGUGGCGAGCCAUGGAAGAUAAAGAGACUUUAAAGAAGCGUUUGACGCCGCUGCAGUAUCAUGUUACCCAAGAAGCCGGAACCGAAAGACCUUAUACAGGUUGCUACAACAAAUUUUAUGAAGAUGGUUUGUAUGUGUGCGUAGUGUGUAGACAAGAAUUGUUUACUUCCAAAACCAAGUAUGAUUCUGGAUGUGGAUGGCCUGCAUUCAAUGAUGUCCUAGCCAAAGAACGAGUUACCUUACAUCAGGAUACAAGUGCAGUUGGGGCAAAUAUAUUACUGGUUUUAACACGGCCAGGUUUGGUGCGAACCGAGGUGCGGUGCUCCAAGUGCUCCGCUCACCUGGGCCACGUGUUCGAUGACGGGCCGGCACCGACCCGAAAACGAUUUUGUAUUAAUUCUGCCUCAUUGGACUUCAUACCGGCCGAAGAACGGAAAGACUAAGGUUUUUUGUCAACUAUCAGUCACAGGUGUUGUAAGAUAAUAAUAUACACGGGAUAGUCGAACAAAUCUGUACCUUCUAAGUUUUGUCAUUUGUGCUAAUUUAAUGACUAAGUUCUAGCAAUUACCUCUGUGCAUAUUUGAAAUAUAAUGUUAUAUAUUUUCUAUUUAACAAGUAAUGUAAUUAAGUACCUUUGAACAGAUGAAUAAUGUAGACCCAAAUAAAUAAGCGUAAAAAUAUUGCUUUUAAAAUAUGAUUUUGCUUAGUUUGUAAAUUAAUUUCUGAUUUAAAAUGCUUGAAACGUUCCUCUAAAUUUUCGCCAUAAAAGUUUUUGACUAACAUUAAUAAAUCAAUAUUUUUAUAACUGUUUAUAUAAUUUUAAUUAUUUCUUAUGCUAAGCAUGACAUUACAUGCUGCAUAAUAUCUUGGUUACCAAUUUGAGUCAUUGUGUUACCCUAAUACAUAUUUAGAUCCCUAAUUGAAUUGUUAUUCCGAAGGUUUCUAUAUGAACUGUGCAGCUUUAGUACAAAUUUAUUUAAUAAUGUGAAUUGUUCUACUAAGUUCGUUGGAAACUAUAGGUUUCAAUAGUUUUAUAUUGACACAUUGUACAAAAUGCUGUAAUAAAUAUUUUAGUGUAACAUA